GCUUGAUUGGAUCAAUCCCGACACAACUUGGUCAAUGCUCCAAAUUGUUGUCAUUAAAUUUGAGCUAUAAUUCAUUGAAUGGAAGCAUUCCAUCUCAAAUUGGUGAUCUUGUAUCCCUGCAAGUUCAAUUGGACCUUAGUCAUAACUCAAUUAGUGGAUCGAUACCACCUGAGCUUGCAAAGUUGAUGAUGCUGGAAAUUUUGAACUUAUCCCAUAAUAUGAUCACAGGCUCAAUACCUUUUUCUCUUGAAAAUAUGGUUAGCUUAGUAUCUCUUGAUCUAUCCGACAAUGAGUUAGAGGGUGUUGUUCCUAACAAUAGGGUUUUUAGAAAUGCUUCUUCGCCACAAGCGUUUAGAAACAAUAAAGGGUUAUGUGGUGACCUUCAAGGUCUACUUCCCUGCAAUCAAUCUCGUAGAAGUAAGGGAUUGAAGAAAAAUGGACAUAAGGUCCUCAUAUCCAUCUUUGCUUCUUUGAUAGGAAUUGUAUUCCUAGCACUUGCAAUUAUCGGUGUUUUCUACCUCUUGCACAAAAAAGCAAAAAAAGGAAAUAUAGAAGCAACAACAAGAAAUCAUGGCAAUAUAUUUUCAAUAUGGAAUUUCGAUGGCCAGAUUGCUUAUGAGGAUAUUAUUCAAGUAACAGAGAAUUUUGAUUCCAAAUAUUGCAUCGGAACUGGAACUUUUGGGAAUGUUUAUAGAGCAGUGCUACCUACUGGCCAUGUUGUAGCUUUGAAGAAGUUCCAUCCAUUGGAAGGUGAGACAAUUAUAGUUAAUGAUGAAACCUUUGGGAAUGAGAUACGUAUACUAACAGAAAUAAGGCAUCGGAACAUUGUCAAACUUUAUGGGUUUUGCUCCCAUCCACUAUGCAUGUUUCUUAUUUAUGAGUACAUGGAAAAAGGCAGCUUAGCACGCAUCUUGAGCAAUCAAGUUGAGGCUAUGGAGUUGGAUUGGUUGAAAAGAGUAAAUGUCAUCAAAAGUGUGGCCAAUGCUUUGUCUUACUUGCAUAAUGAUUGUAUUCCACCAAUAAUUCAUCGAGAUAUUUCAAGCAAAAAUAUAUUGCUAGACUUGGAACUUGAGGCUCGGGUAUCUGAUUUUGGCAUUGCAAGACUAUUAAAGCAAGACUCAUCUAAUUGGACGUCACUUAAAGGAACUCAUGGGUAUAUUGCUCCAGAGCUUGCCUAUACUAUGGUUAUAACUGAGAAGUGUGAUGUAUAUAGUUUUGGGGUACUAGCACUAGAAACAAUUAUGGGAAGGCAUCCAGGGGAGCUUAUCUCAUCUUUAACGACACUAGUUGGCCAAAAGAUGUUGUUAAGGAAUAUGUUAGACCCAUGCCUCACCUUUCCAUCAGAUCCCAAGGUGGCGAAGGAAGUGAUUUCUGUUGUGAGAAUAGCACUUGCAUGUUUACGUAGUCACCCACAAUCUCGUCCAACUAUGCAUCAAGUAUUAGAAGAGCUACUUGUUAUCCAACCAUCAUCUAUGGAGCAUUUUCAUACAAUUUCUAUAGGUGACCUAAAUGAUAUUGACGUGCAAUAAUUGUGAUCGAAGAUUCAUUUGACCUACAGGGGAUUGAGGCGAUUCAUUUCAGACUACACUCAAAAUUAAACAAUAGUUCUCAAGGAUGUGUUUUUGGAAGGCAAGCAUUUUAUGGCUAUGAUGCCCAUGUAAAGAAGAAACCUCUUAGAAAGACAUAAAAUCGGUAGUUGUGUUGUGGUUCUUGGAAGAAGAACAAAGAUUGUGAAAAAAGAUAUAAGGGGACAAAAGGAAAUAUCUUCGACAUAAGCAUCCUACCCCUGACUCGGCAUGACUCACAUUGGCUCAUAUAAUCAAAUUAAUGUAGAAGUAGUUGAGUUGUGGGACCUGAACAGAGAACUCCAGCUGCAGAAGAGGAAUGUCACAUGCCAACUUUCUUCUGGAUAAUCCCAAUUGGCUGUCGUUGCAGGGGUUUCUAAGUGUGAUUAGAUGUCUCAGACCAAUUGAGAUUGAGGUUUGUUGUGCUGAUUUUGUCCAACUUAAAGUAUUUUCUUGAUGGUUUUUUCCUUAAUUUUUUAGAGAACGGUAAGUGUUCAUAGUGUAAAUGCCUUUUCAAAUUUACUCUCACUCUAUGCUCUGCAACUAUGUCACUUCUAAUCAUGUAUCUUUAUUUUCUAUUACUGUUACAAUGUCCAGCAUUUCUUCCUUCUACAA